AUGGCUUACAUGAUUUUCCUUGGCUUUGAUUUUACUUGCUCGCUCCGCGCCUUCUCCAGGGCAGGGCAACGGCACAGCAAGGCAGCAAACACAGCAGACACAGUAGGCACAGCACUUCAGUCGCACAGUGUCGGGGUGGGUCCGGCCAUUCGUUUUGAUGCCGGGGCCUGUGAUCGGUGCAAAAGUGGUGGAGUGCAGCGUGCUGGUGCUUCUUUCGCCGGCUCCGUCAUGGCCUUUGUCGGAGCUGGGUUCGUCGCUGUCAUCCUCUUCUCGCCGAGGUCCGUGUCGAGCUUGGGGCUUCGGGGGGCCGUCCUGGUCACGACUUCGCUUCGGGAGGCGCAGACGCUGUGUUUUCAACUUUCCGGUCGGCCGCUCCCGCCACAAGUGAGGUGCCACAACCUGCUGGAAACGAGAUCUGCCUCUCUCCACCAGGCGACUUUCCCGGACAAGAAGGUGGCCAAUCGAGCGAUUGUCGAGACCAGCAAGGCCGCUCUGGAAAGGGCACCGAUGCGUGCAUGGCCAUUUGGGCCUACCCCUACUUCGGCUAGACCGUGGUUGUGGCGACAGCUGGGCGCACUACGCAAUAACGUAGUCUUUCUCACGCUUGCCCUUGCCGCGCUCACGUACGCCCUGAAUUACGGCAACUCGCCGCAGGGUAGGGUGCGGCGGGCAGCGAAGACCAUGAUGAAGCCUUUCCCACCCGAAUUGGCGAAGGAUCGGGUGGUGGAACGAGAUGUUGUUGGCAGCAUCACAGAGCGAAUCGAGAACUGGACGGGCCAUGCUACGGUCAUUGCGGGGCGAUUUGGUUCCGGGAAGACCGUGGCCCUCGAAGCCGCCCUGCGCGACAGGCGGGGCGUCUACGUCCACACCGUUAAGGACAAGGAUUGGGAGAAUUCGCUCUACCGUGAUCUGGGCCUGGACAACAUGGGCAUGUUGAAGGAAGCCCUGCGCCUGGUCAGAAAGCGGAACCAGGGGUCAACCCCCAUCCUCGUAUUGGACAUUCCUCGAACAACGAAGGAAGGCAUGGAUACGGUUUCCACCUUCGCCAAGACUCUGUCGUCAGACAGUUCGCUGGCCCACGUGAUCGUGUGUGCCUCCUCGGUCGCGAUGGCCCUCACCUUCGAUGCCGGUGGAGAGGAGCGACAGGAAAACUUUUGGGUAGGCGACUUGACCAAGGACGAGGCCCAGAAAUUGCUGGGGCUCCACGGGCAGGAGGAUAGAAAGGACGAAUUCCUUGAUGCUUGCGGCUACCGCGCGAUGGAUCUGGCAAGCACCUGCGAGCGCUACGCCAAGGUUGGGGCGCAGGCCCUCAAGGCCAAGAAGGCCGACAUGAAGAAGAAUGCCUACAACGAUGUGGAGAUUUUUUUGAGGGAUUGCAAGUUCCAGACGGUAGAUGGCAUCACGACGGCUGGCAAAAACAUCUUGAAUGCACUGCUGUCCCAAAAGAGUGCGGGCGGUCCUUCUGUUGGCGAGUUCGCAGGCGGUAGUGGUGUGUUGGCCCGGGAUGUUGCGAUGUGGAUGCGCGAGAAAGGUCGUCACCCCGUGAUCUGGCACACAAAGGACCGGGAGUACCAAUUCGCAUCGGAGCUGCACGCGAAUGCAGCAACCGAGAUUUUGAAGCGCACCUCCCAGUCGACGCCACGACUGUCUGGAAAGAAGGGCGUGACGUUGAGCGCAGUCUUGAGAGAGUUUCUGUAA